AUGAGCAAAGUUAGACCUAUUAGUUGUUAUGAAACUCCACCUUUGGAUUCCUCAUUUGUCUUCGAUGACGAUGACGACGAAAGUAUCUCUCGUGAUGGGUUGUCUACAGAUGAAUUGGGCGAGACGCCUCCAUCCUCAGUAGCAUCAACUUCCAACAGCCCCGACCUCAACCAGAAGGCCAGGGUUGGAUUUCUUCGUAGAUUUUCAACAAAUUUAAACAAGAAACUUUCAAAAAUAUCAUUACAACCAAUCCCUGCAUCACCAGUAAAGAAGAUUAACGAUGCUGAGACCACGUCACCCACUAGAGAAGUAACUUUCCAUGAUGCACCUUCGUCGCCAACUAAAGCUAUUGAAAUACCCUCAAGUCCAUCGAAGGAAAAGAGAAUGUCUUCCAUACUUGAUCCGCCUAUUGUCUUGCGGGAAAGAAGCUCUAAGUCCAAAGAAAAGGCAAAGACUGCCCAUAGACACAGUGUCUACGGAGGAGCUUUGUUUGAUUCCAAGAUCUUAACAAGUAAACUUAGUAGAAAGGACUUCAAAAAGACAAUAGCGAAAGAAGAAACAAAGGGUGAAGUAGGAAACCAACUGGUUGGAUCCAUCAACAUAGAAAAGAAAUCUACCGACAGCGAAGAUACAAUAACCGGAAGCAUCUCACAAUCGCCAAACAAACGAAGGGGAAAAGGAUCCUCGGUCGCCGAACUGACAACUAUCGAAGAUGAUGCUACAGCACAUGAUCAUAACGAGAUGGCUAAUUUUACAGGAACAAAGAGGUCACUUAAGAGAUCACCGGCAAUUGAAGAAUUAGCUGCUUUAAGCAAAUUCAAAGAUCCAAUUGACGGCUCUACUAAAAUCGAGAAUAAUUCUACCGAGUCUGAUAUUUCGUCUGUAGACUCCAAGAAAUCACCUAUGGAAUCAAGAAAACCUUCCAUUGAGACGACAUCUUCUGUCGGUUCGGUUAAACAUUCCUCAAAGGUGUCAAAUUCCGCCCAGUUGGCAACUCCAAAGCAGCAGUUGACAAGCAAAGCGGAAAUACAAUCUGAAUCAUCUACUCCAAAGAUUAACAAUCUCUUUUCUACCCCAGUGCUGAUGGCCGAAACAAGUUUAACUGAAACAUCUGUUGAAGAAGAUUCGUUUGUUUCUCCCAACAACACACAGGCUUCAAGUGCCACUUUCCCAGCAUACACGUCAAGACGUGACACACUUGCAUCGAGAGAAUCAUUGCCCUUCUUCCAAAAGAAGAGCGAGCAAACACUUAAACUUAAUAUUUACCUCGAGGAGAAGACAGAGGAUGGAGUGGUGAAAGAACCGGACAAUUUGGACUUCAUAGCAGUCAAGUUGAGAAAAGACAGAUUGCGAAACUUGAACGAGCUUGUGAAUGUGGUCAUAUUCAAGCUCUUGAAUAAGAAACAGGACAUCAACUUGAACAACAUGCGAUUACUUAUAUUCUUCAAGAACGAGUCGUUAAGCCCGAUAGUUCUCAAGAAGUCGAUCCAAGAGGUUGAGCCUGAAGUUCCAGCAGGAGAUAAGUCUAGCCUUAACAACGACGACUUGUUAUUGGAAUAUAUCAUGAUGAAGAAGAAACUCUACAUCAAAGCACAAAUAUAG